UAUUUGUUUGACAGAUAUUACGCUAUAUUACAUCCAUUACGUCAAUCGGGUUUCGUGGAGACCCGGGGUGUUUACAUAUUAGCGGGGAUAUGGAUUGUAGGGGCACUGGUAUCCAUGCCUAACGCCAUAACCACCCGGACGUCAACUUUUAAGUACAACUCCGAGAUAUAUAUGGACUGUAGGGAGGAGUGGGGUAAUGGAAAUGGCGGUGAAAUUUACUCGACAGCCCUAUUCCUAUUCACAUUCGCACUGCCAUUAUUCGCACUGAUAUUCAUAUACGGCUCCAUAGGCUAUACGAUACUCACCCGCAAACCGGUGGGCGAGUCUCAACAGUUAGCCAACACUAGGAAUAUAGGGUCGAUAAAGGCAAUCAAAAUGAUGUCAAUGGUGGUGAUAUUAUUCGCGAUAUGCUGGACCCCGAUACAAAUGUUCAAUUUUGUGAUCUGGAUGUUUGGCGACUCGCUAAAGACCCGGACACAAUUUCAGAUGAAUGUUUAUGUGUCCAGUUUCUUUUUGUGCCACUGGCUAGCUAUGGCCCACUCAUUAGUACUGCACCAUGUCAAUCCAUUCAUAUAUUGCUUUAUGAGCGACAACUUCAGGGUAAGUCUCGAAAUA